GUAAGCAAUUUUUCCACGAUAAGCAACGUCAACGCCAAAAAGUCACCUUUUUUAUUUUUUAUUUAUAAAGAGCUAGUUCUAUCUAGCUGUACAAAACUGUGAAUAACAUUGAAUCUCUUUUCUUCCUCAUCUUCAUUCUUAGUGUUACAGUAGGUGAUAAUCAACAUAUGGGAAAUGGGGAAUCAACAUCUGAUGAUCCCCCCACUGCUUUUCAGCAUUAUCCACCUUCUUAUGCAGGAAGUUCAAUGGAUGCACACCAUCAACAUCAGCCACACACUUCAUAUAUAGCCGAUAAUUUCACCUCUUUGGAUCAGGUAAUCUCUGCAUUAAGAGAAGCUGGUCUUGAAUCAUCAAAUUUGAUACUUGGUAUUGACUUCACAAAGAGCAAUGAGUGGACAGGCAAGCAUUCAUUUGGCAGGAAAAGCCUUCACACAAUUGGCAACGAACCUAAUCCGUAUGAGCAAGCAAUUUCUAUCAUCGGUCGCACUUUGUCUCCUUUCGAUGAAGAUAAUUUGAUACCUUGUUUUGGAUUUGGCGAUUCAACAACGCAUGAUCAAAAUGUAUUCAGCUUUUAUCCUAAUCACCGAUGUUGUAAUGGUUUUGAGGAAGCUCUUGCACGUUAUAGGGAGAUUGUUCCACGCUUAAAGCUGUCAGGUCCAACCUCAUUUGCCCCGAUAAUUGAUGCGGCAAUUGACAUUGUGGAGAAAAACAAUGGGCAAUAUCAUGUUCUUGUCAUUAUUGCAGAUGGACAGCUUCCCUCGAGUUCUGAUAAAGCACCUGGAAGGCUCAGUCCACAAGAACAAGCAACUGUAAACUCCUUAGUUACUGCUAGCCAAUAUCCUCUCUCAAUAAUUUUGGUUGGAGUGGGAGAUGGACCAUGGGAUGCAAUGCAGCAAUUUGAUGAUAACAUCCCCCAGCGCUUAUUUGACAAUUUCCAGUUUGUCAACUUUACAAAAAUCAUGUCUGAUAACAUAGAGGCAUCAAAGAAGGAAACAGCCUUUGCACUUGCUGCCCUCAUGGAAAUCCCAUUUCAGUACAGGGCUACCCAAACUCUUGUCAAUAGAGAAAUAGUAGGUGUUCCACGUACAAGACCUCUUCCGCCACCACGGGAAGUGAUUGAUCAUGAUAAUGCACUCAGAUCAAUCCCACUUGUGACAAACAUCAAAACAGUUGAGCCAACAGCUGCAGUGGAACCAGUCUGCCCCAUUUGCCUGACAAAUCCUAAGGACAUGGCUUUUGGAUGCGGUCAUACGACUUGCAAGAAUUGUGGUGAGAACAUUUCGACAUGCCCUAUGUGCCGGGAGCCCAUAACAGUACGCCUAAAACUCUAUACUUGAUUGCUUCCCCAAUGCCAAAUGCUUGAAAGUUUAUGAGGACAUCAUGAGGCUGUGGCAUGUUAAGAUAUAUAGAAGAGGUUGGGCACGUUUUGUCACAAAAUCAUGUAUUUAUCCUCGUCAUAACACAGACACACACUGAAAAUUAUUGUCCUCAUAAUUUAUGUCCACACGUUCACUUUGCAUGUUAAGUUCUUGGUUGGUAAUGUUACAUUGAAAGCUUGGCUUAAUUUUUUGAGAGUUUCAAUUUAUGGUGGAAGCUUGAAUUAAUUUGAGUGUAAUGUUACAUACACAACUCUUUUUGCAGAAUAAGAGAUAGCAAGUUAUUAUUGA